AUGGGUAAGAAGAACACUAAAGGUGGUAAGAAAGGUAGAAGAGGAAAGAAUGAAUCCGAUGGUCCAAAGCGUGAAUUGAUCUACAAGGAAGAUGGCCAAGAAUAUGCUCAAAUUACCAAGAUGUUAGGUAAUGGGAGAGUUGAAGCUUCUUGUUUCGAUGGUAUCAAGAGAAUGGCACAUAUUAGAGGGAAGUUAAGAAAGAAGGUUUGGAUGGGUCAAGGUGAUAUUAUCUUGGUCUCUUUGAGAGAUUUCCAAGAUGAUCAAUGUGAUGUUGUUCACAAGUAUAAUUUGGAUGAAGCCAGAACAUUGAAGAACCAAGGUGAAUUACCUGAAAAUGCUAAGAUUAAUGAAACUGAUAACUUUGGUUUCGAAUCCGAUGAAGACGUUAAUUUCGAAUUCGGUAACGCUGAUGAAAGUGAAGAAGAAGGUGAAGGUGAAGAAUUGGAUAUUGAUGAUAUCUAG